AUGUUUGCUCAGCUGAACGAGCUGCUCGGGGACUUCGUGGAUCGGCCGGAGCAGGGCCAGCUGACCUUACUGGGUGCCACCAAGACAGACCCCGGCUUCCUGGUCCACCAUUUCCUCUCCUUUUAUUUGAAAGCUGGGUGCAAAGUCUGUUUCGUGGCUCUUCUGCAGUCUUUCAGUCACUACAGCAUCGUGGCCCAAAAGCUGGGAAAUAGUUUGACGACAGCCGAAGAACGGGGACAGCUUGUGUUCUUAGAAGGUCUGAAAGUUUCACACAACGUCUUGUUUAGCAAGCAGCAGGAGUCAGCCAAGCUCAAUCCUUUCCAGUUCAUCAGGUAACCUGACGGAGACGGCUCCGACCUGAAAGGGCUGCAUGAGUUUGUCCGGGCAGCCCUGAGCCCAGCUGCUGGCGGGGACUCGUGGAAGUGCCCGGUGCUUAUUGUGGACGACCUCAGCGUCUUGCUGAGCCUGGGGGUGAAGCCGACGGAUGUGCUGGAUUUCAUCCACUACUGCAGAGUCACCGUGAACUCUCUGCUGAAGGGGAACGUGGUGGUGACGGUGCGUGGCAGUGAUGACUCAGAAGACGAGGAGAAUGAGCUGCUUGUGAAGGCCCUCCGUCACCAGGGCAACCGGAUCCUGUGGGCUGAAGGGCUGACGACCGGCUUCUGCAAGGAUGUGCAUGGGCAGUUAACGAUCAUCCGUCGCAGCUCAUGGGAGGAAAAAGCUGAGAGAAACCUUCAGCAAGUUUACCAGUACAAAAUCCAGGACAAAAACGUCACCUUUUUUGCCAGGGGGAUGUCAGCAGCAGUGCUGUGAAUCUGG